CAGAAGAUACAAAACAAGGGACGAAUAAGUACAGGAGCCACUUCAUUUAUCACGAGAGAGAGAAAAAGAGAGAAAGAGAGAGAGUCAUUGGUGGCCAUACAGGUAAAAACUGACCUCCUAGGAAUUGAAUUUCACUUGCAAUCCUGCAACUCGUCUUCCCAAAAAACCAUCCUUCUGUAUGUUCAUUGCUGUUUGUGCUCAUGGAAAGUAACACUAAUUCAAUGGCACCUGCAAAUGCAAGGCCACUUGGUUUUGGCACUGAAAACAACCAAACUCAUUCACACCACCAUCAUAAACAUAUUCAACCUCAUGAUAAUCCUCACCAUCUCACUCUUUCCCUCCAUUCCAUUAUCAUAAUCAUUGUUUCAAUCAUCUCCUUCAUCGUGCUGUUCGCAUUAGCUCUAGUUAUACUAGUACUGCGGAGACUUAAAUCGGGAAAAGGCCAGGGUAGUUGCAAUGAUAUUAUCGACAAGAGUGGCUGUAGCAGGUUCAUUGCUCAUACUACUAUCAACUUAGCCUCCAGUCCAGAUGUGAAGGGUGGGUGUCUAUAUGGAGGACACCUGAAAAGUGUAGCUUCGAAUAGAUAUAAAGGAGUCCAAGUUUUCACAUACAAGGAGUUAGAAUUUGCAACUGAGAAAUUUAGUGAGGCCAAUGUGUUAAGCAAUGGAAAGUUUGGAGCUGUGUACAAAGGAGUAUUGAGUGAUGGGACUUUGGCUGCAAUCAAGAGGUUGCAUAGAGAAGGAAAGCAAGGGGAACGUGCAUUCAGAAUGGAGGUUGAUUUACUGAGCCGCUUGCAUUCUCCUUAUUUGGUGGAGCUACUAGGAUAUUGUGCUGACCAAAAUCAUAGACUCCUAAUAUCUGAGUUCAUGUCCAAUGGAACUCUGGAGCAACAUCUACACCCCUCCAGCAACCAAUAUCAGCCACUGGAUUGGGGAACACGAUUGACGAUAGCCCUCGAUUGUGCUAGAGCCCUGGAAUUCCUCCAUGAGCAAGCAAUACCAACCGUCAUCCACCGCGACUUCAAGUGCUCCAAUAUCCUCCUAGAUCAAAAUUUCCGUGCCAAGGUGACAGAUUUCGGAUUGGCAAAGAUGGUCUCAGACAGGAUCAAUGGUCAGAUUUCAACGCGCAUCCAGGGGACCACUGGAUAUCUAGCUCCUGAGUAUGCUUCAACAGGGAAGCUUACUACUAAAUCAGAUGUGUACAGCUAUGGCAUUGUUCUUCUAGAGCUCGUAACAGGACGUGUACCGAUAGAUACCAAUAGGCCCCCUGGGGAACAUGUUCUUGUCUCAUGGGCUCUUCCAAGGUUAACUAACAGAGAAAAAGUAUUGGAAAUGGUUGAUCCAUCUCUAAAAGGUCGAUAUUCAAAGAAGGAUCUGAUUCAGAUAGCUGCCAUUGCAGCCAUGUGUGUUCAAACAGAAGCAGAUUAUCGGCCUCUAAUGACAGACGUUGUGCAGUCACUAAUCCCUCUAGUUAAGAACAAUUCCACGGUUUCAUCUGGCUGCUCAGUAUUUCGGCAUCACACGCCAAGUCCUAGAUAUUAGAAGCUCUCCGGAAUUUGCACAGUUUGUCACACUGUUCCAGUUCAUCUCAUUGGAACACAAAGAAAAGCAUCGUACAGUGUUCAGUGAAAAAUAAAAUUGUUGUCCCCAAUAAAGUGGCCUUUUGUUGAGCAGCAAAUCUUGCUGGUAGUGCAAAAACUCUAAUCUUGCCGCGUGCCAUGUAUAUCAAAACUGAUGCUAAUAAACAAUCAUCCAUAGUUUUGAUACUUAAAAAGCA